AUGGUAGCACCCCCAGACUCAGACCUGGAGCCUGAGCGCAGCAUGGACGUGAUCCUGGUGGGCUCCACCGAGCUGCUGCCCUCCCCUCCAACUCCACCAGGCAGAGAUCUCAUUGCCUAUGAAGUCACGGUGAAACAGCGGAACAUAGAAGACAUCUGCCUCUGCUGUGGAAGUUUCCAGGUGCAGACACAGCACCCCCUGUUUGAUGGAGGAAUGUGCGCCCCGUGCAAGGACAAGUUCCUGGAGAGCCUCUUCCUGUAUGACGAUGAUGGGUACCAGUGCUACUGCUCCAUCUGCGGCUUGGGGGAUACACUGCUUAUCUGUGAGAGCCCUGACUGCACCCGAUGCUACUGUUUUGAGUGUGUGGACAUCCUGGUGGGCCCCGGGACCUCGGAGCGAGUCCAAGGCAUGAGCUGCUGGGUGUGCUUCCUGUGCCUGCCUUUCUCUCGCAGUGGGCUGCUGCAGAGGAGGAGGAAGUGGCGCGACCGGCUAAAGGCCUUCCAUGACCGCGAGGCGGAGAGUCCCCUGGAGAUGUACAAAACAGUGCCUGUGUGGAAGAGAGAGCCAAUGCGGGUGCUGUCCCUUUUUGGGGACAUUAAGAAAGAGUUAACGAGUUUGGGCUUUUUAGAAAAUGGUUCCGGUUCUGAUGGAAAACUGAAGCACUUGGACGACGUCACAAACAUAGUGCGGAGAGAUGUGGAGGAGUGGGGCCCCUUCGAUCUCCUGUACGGCUCGACACACCCCCUAGGCCAUACCUGUGACCGUUCUCCUGGCUGGUACAUGUUCCAGUUCCACCGGCUGCUGCAGUACGCACGGCCCCGGCUGGGCAGCCAGCAACCCUUCUUCUGGAUGUUCGUGGAUAACCUGCUGCUGACCCAGGAUGACCAGGCCACAGCAACACGCUUCUUUGAGAUGGAGCCCGUGACCCUGCAGGACGUCCGUGGCAGGGUCCUCCAUAACGCCGUACGUGUGUGGAGUAACAUCCCAGCUGUGAAGAGCAACUCUCUCCUUGGCAGCAAACAUGAGGCUCUGGACCCUGAAGAGGAACUGUCACUGCUGUCCCAAGCCACACAGAAAGCAAAGCUGGCCACCCAGAGACCGGCCACACUUGUGAAGAACUGCUUUCUUCCACUAAGAGAAUAUUUCAAGUAUUUUUCUCAGAAUUCAGUUCCUCUUUACAAAUGAGUCAUAACCAUGACAAAAAAGAUUUCUUAGAACAGUAACAACUUCCCUCGUAUUGUCUUUUUCCCUCUUCGGAUUAUUAUUUUAUUUGCUUUCCUGACGUUGGAUUUUUCAUGGGGCUACAGACUCAUCUCCUGUUCGGUUCCCAUGAUACAGGAGUCCUCCAAGUCUCAGGUGAAGCACCCUGCUGCAAAAUCUCAAUGUGACAGCACAUGUUGUAUUUCCUGAGAGCAUUUCUGUGUUCCUGUUGCGAAGUUUGGAAUAUAUUUAUUGUAAGAGGUGAUUAGUCACGUUUUGGUGUCUUACGUGUAAGCACCGCCUUUACUGUGUAGAGCACCGGGCAAGUGGCAAGACAUUUCUGGAGGCUUCAGCACAUGUUCUAUCCAGGCUCCAUCCGAGCACAUGGUUGGCACCUUUGCUACCUGACUGCUAUUGGUUUUGAUGGUUAAACCCACUCAUCUUCAUGACAGCUGCAUGAAGUACCCAAAGCACAGCAAAGUACAGAACGUCACACUUGGUGAGCAAACCAUGUAGCCUUUUGGUCCUAACAGAGGGAAUUGCUUUCAGAAGCCAG